GCUGUUUCGACUGCAGAAUGGCUGAAAUACGAUGCUUGGCCUUUUUCGAAGAUGAUAAUUCCGUUUCAUGACGCAGCCACAAUUGCAGGUUUUGGGGUCGGAUGCGAUUUCGACGCACAACUACGUAAAUUGUGCACGACGCACGUAAUAGUUUGCGAUGCUGCUCUCGCAAUUGUUUUUCUCGUGAAGAGGAUCGGUCGAAAUCAAAGCGAGUCUCGGAAACCCGAUGACUUUGAUGGCCUGUUUGUUCAGUCCUUGCUUUCGAAGAAUCAAAAGAUAGACAUGGCCCGUCCUUAUGUCAAGGUUUGGCUAUUUGGAUUGCUGCAAGUCCUCUCAAUCGUCUUAGCCGAUCCAUCGCCUAAGGGCGGAAAAGGAGGGGGAGACAGUGACAGCAGCAGCUCCUCUGGAGACGAUAGUGGCAGCUCAAGCGGCGGCAGCGGCUCUCACACUGGCACACAGCACGUACUGGUUUCCGGAGACAAGUGGCCGUAUCGUUGGCCAGGAAGCUACUACAAUGGGAGCAUGACUCUAGAAGUAUCUAUUGAAUACUGGCCAGGUUGCUCGGAAGGCCAGCGCGGCAAUAUCCGCACGAAUAUGGACGGCAUACUUCUUCUUGGACCCGCCAACCAAACGGGGACCUUUGACGUUGUGGAUCCAAAUUUUGUGAUCAUGGGAUGGGAUGCGGGCAUUACACCGACGAACAAUUGGACUGAUGGUGAAUACUGGGGUAACGGGGGACCGGGUCUGACUCGCUGGUUCAGUACAGAUGUCAAACUCAUGUUGAGCCGCUACGUCGAGAUAUGGCAGGAUUCAUCCAGUACCAGUCGACCAUAUGACCUAGGCUGGACUGUCGAUUCCAGCAACUCAGGAAAUGAGACGAACGAGUGGCACAUCAACGGCACGUUUAGCGGAACGUCGACCACAUUCAGCCCACGCGAUAACUCAGAGGACAACUGGAUGCAGGUCACCACAUUUUUGUGCAACAAUAAAACCACAGUCGAUGUCCUCAACAUGCAACCAUGGACUCACUCAAACGCUUUGAAAGACUGGCCCUCGACUCGAAACACGACUUUUGAGGGCACCUUUUCGGACAGCGGAGCAUCGAUCACGUGGAGUGGGAACUACUGGGCAGGUUUCAGUAGCAUCGACUACGGUGUCCCCUUCGAGAAGACGUCCUAUCCACAAGGGUAUUUCACGUUUACUUUCGACGGUAAGCUAGACGUCUCAGAAAGCGACAUCUUGAUUGCAAGGAAUGAAUCACUCUCCGGGUACUACAAUUCGGCUGGUGACCCAGAUUGGGUCAAGAAAUACGACAGAGAUCUAAACGCUCCGGACAGGACAAUCUACUAUGGGAAGGGAGACCGCAAAAGCCCUCCUGUUCGAUUUGUUGUAGGAGUUGCUCUUGUUACAGGAACAGUUAUGUUUCUGAUGUCAUAGCUAUCUAUCGCACAUGUGAAGAAGUGACUCGGAUCUACCUAAAACUGUUGCUCUUUAUAUUGAUUGGGACUGACAAUAAUUGGCAGCUCCCCUGCAACGGCUACAGGAGCCGUCCUUAGACGCCUGCGCCGACGAUCGAUCUAUUCAGGUCGUCAAAAGCCGGUUGCUUCUAAUGAUUAGCGAUUCAAUCACGAUGAUGUCUUUGAGUCAAUGAUCUUGUGCCACGCAUACG